AGAAUUAUUCGCUGAUUCAAUGAGAAUCUGCUGUGAUCAGUUCGAACAAUCAACUAGUCUAGUGUACUUGUACAAUAGAAUACUGAUACGAAAUGACAUGCUUAUGAUUUCAGGGGCCACAUUUGUCGCUACAAUUAUGCGUCUCCAAAUUUCUAGUUUGAUAUUUUUCGUGAGUGUACUAGUCGUGAGACAAGUUUCAGCCCAUGGAAGGCUGAUAGAACCACCAUCGAGGGCUUCGAUGUGGAGGUACGGUUUCGAUACUCCGCACGACUACAACGAUCACGAAUGCUAUUGCGGAGGAUUUACCAGGCAAUGGCAACGAAAUAAGGGAAAGUGCGGAAUAUGUGGCGAUGCUUGGGACACACCAGCGCCUCGACUGCACGAGACCGGUGGCAAAUACGGAAACGGAGUGAUAGUACGGAAAUAUCGAACAGGUUCGAUGAUACCGGUCCGUGUGGAACUUACGGCGAAUCAUCAUGGUUACUUUGAGUUUCGUACGUGUGCGAUGACCCACAAGGGCAAAGAGGUCGAUCAGGAAUGUCUGGACCAGCACCUGCUACGCUCGAAGAACGGAUCGAUUAGAUAUUAUCCCGGGCCGGGGAAUAAGAUUUUCGAAGCUUUCUACAAAUUGCCAGACGAUCUGACUUGCGCUCAAUGCGUCUUUCAAUGGAGAUACGUGGCUGGAAAUAAUUGGGGCGACUGUGGAAAUGGAACAGGUGCUGUGGGUUGUGGUCCUCAAGAAGAAUUUCGUUCUUGCGCCGAUAUUACCAUCGGAGAUGACGUAGAGCCUCUUCUACCUGAACCACCCGCAAAACCACCAACGAAAUCGACUCCAGGAGAAAAAUCGCCAACAGAACCAACAUUGGUGCCAGAAUCAAGUGGACCAUAUUGGUUAUUCAGUAUCAUUAUCGCUGGUACGUGCCUGCUAGUUGUGCUGGCGGCUAUGGCGUUGCUUUACUCCUAUUACUAUCAUUCUGGCCGAGCCAAAAAAUGGCUUAUGGAAAGACGGUUGUUGACACCUGAAAAUCCACCUGUCGCUCCACCGAGGCAUAAAAAACACAACACGUUUAAUGCACCACUGCAAUUGUAGAAGGAUAUUUGUACUUGACGUGUAGGUGACCACAAAAGAAUAUUGCGUGACUGUGUAAUAAUAGUUUUGCAAACAGCUGUUUUGAUAACGUUUUACAGCAUUCUUUCAACAUAUUUUGAAGAAGGAAGAAGAAUUAUUGUUUAAUAUUCGAGAGAAAUGGUCACCCUGAUUUAUUAUUUACGAUGCAACUUCCUCUAUUCAUUUCUUCACUUGUAAUAAUUGGACGAUUUCUCUGUCAUACAUAUUUGUACGAGAAAAGUAUCUUCAUGACACUGUGAUGUACGUAUGGUGAGAAAGUUCUCGUUUGCGUUCAGAGUAAUAUGCGUUCACUUGCACACGCAUCUUCAUUUUGUAUAUAUAAACUUUCUUACAUUAAACAUAUUUAUUUUUUAAGAAUUUGUGGUUCUUAGUUUCCCUUUCAUUUUCUUCUUCUUCUUCUUCUU